AUGUUCGGUUACGAUGUUGUCGAAGCGAAGAUGGAUCGAAUCCUUCUGAAUGAUAUCUCAUUUGAAGCCCUGGAUGCAUUGGUGAACUUUGUCUACACGAGUGAAAUUUCCAUAAAUAGCGAUAACGUGCAAAGUUUGCUGUUUGCAGCGUCCAUAUUACAGAUGGAUUCCGUCUGUUUUGCAUGUCAACGAUUUAUGACCCAAUUGCUCACGACGAAAAAUUGCCUUCUCAUUCGGCAAUUUGCCGAGCAGCACAAUUGUGUCGAUUUAUUGAACAGUUCUGAUGAUUAUGCGGUGGACCAUUUCAUUGUGAGUUCUUUUCCUUGGAUGACUUUUUGCAUUUUCGCUUAG